AUUUGUUAUUAAAUUUGUUUUCUAAUAAAAAUUUAAAGUUUGAAAGUAGUUUUUUUUUUUUCAAAAAAGAAAGACAAAAAUUAUUGAGUAAGUGAAAGCUGUCACUAAAUUAUUGACUUUUGAAAGCAUACGUAUAAUUUCUAACAUGUAAUCAUAAAAAAUGGGCGAAGAAAGCACCCAAUUUGCAAGUGGAACUUGGACAUGGGAUGAUCUUACAAAUGAAUUAACUUUUCAGAGCGCCAAUCAGGACGAUCAACAAGGCACCGCACAGGGUCAAACUGCGACAAAAGUUGUCGUUCAAAGUGCAUUCGAAGUGAAAUUUCGAGACACAGUGGACAAUGUCGAAAAAAUAAGAUUCAGAAGACGUUUCCAAAGAAAAGCUAAAAUAGGAACGACAAGUUAUAUUAUUCUUCAAGACAUAAAGGACGUUGUCCUUUUUCUUGCUUCCCCGAAAGACUUAACGACCAAAUUUAUACGAUUUUUUCACACACAAACGGUGGAUUCAUUUUUAAGAGCAGCAAUGGUAUACUUUCAGUAUUAUAUUCAGGUGUGGGAAACUUUAGUUGAUAGAAGAGAAGAAGCAAAACGUAAAAUACCGCACUUAGGAGUAAAAGGGAUACUAGGAACUUUAAGUGAUGAAUUAUCCUGUUUGCGCUGUGUAUUGGCUCGUGAGUAUACGUGUAUGUUAACUGGAGCAGGUGAAAUGUUAGAAUUUCAUCACAUGGGCAGCAUGCGAACCAAAUCAUUAACUGGCAAAGAGCGGUAUCUUUUUGAAGUUCUUUUGUGUAUUACAAUCAGAGUUAUUUGGAUUGGGAUGCAGAGAAAAUAUUUAAAUCUUAUUGGUAAAUUAGAACUUAUCCAGCCACUCUUUUCCGAAGCCCCAACCUCAUACAAUGAACCACCUAGGCGCCAUCAGCAGUUCAUCUGA